AUGGAAGGAGAUGCAGAUCGCGUGGUCUACGGAUCUUGCCAACGCGCAUUUCUGCAAUCUCUCCUUUCGCGACAAGCAUUGACCUACGAAGAAGCCAAACCCAUAAUCGCAGCCAUACAGACAGCAGCAACACCAGAACGAGAAACACUCGAGAACGAUGUCACCCAAGAAGACUUCGAAACAUACAUCCAAGCCGUUGGCGACGCCAUCUCCCCUUUCGACUUCGAAAUCCGAUCCUCCAUCCACCAAACCACCAGAGAACGAACAUAUGCCCUCGUAAACACGACAUCCGAUGCGCUCACGCAGAUCGCGACCACGCAUACACCAGACGAAAUCGCAUUUGUCAAGAGAGUACUCGACGUCAUGUUCGACGAGAACAACACCCCAAGAGCAGAAAUCAUGGCGGUGAAAAGCAACCGAGCACUAAAAUGCCACAAACCACCACGAGAAUCUUCCGAUGCCCAACCCACAAAUUCUGGCCUGACAAUGUCCCAAGCCGAAAGAUUACUCCAAUCUCUCGUCGCAGAAGGAUGGUUUGAAUUCAACGACGAAACAUCAUAUUACUCACUCUCUCAACGCGCGUUAAUGGAAUUGCGGACUUGGCUUGUUGAUGCUUAUAACGAGCCUGAAGAAGAUGAACCCGAAAACGAAGACGAAGACAACUCUCCUCACCCGAAAAUCAAAUUUUGUGCUGCUUGUAAGGAUAUUGUGACGGUGGGACAGAGGUGUCCGAAUUUGCCUUGUAAUGCGAGGUUGCAUGAUCAUUGUAUGAGGAAUUAUUUUCGCGCGCAGAAUGGGAGGGAACAGUGUGCGGUUUGUCACACUGCGUGGGUGGAUGCGCCGCAUGUUGGAGAGAAAGCGGCGGGGGAUGCUGGUGGGGGGAGGAGGAGAGGUGGGACCACCGCUGGGAGGGCGACUUCUGCUGGGGCUUCGAGGAGAAGUGGGAGUACUGCGCCGGUGGUGAAUGGGCAUGAGGUUGAGAGUGAGGAGGGUGAUGAAGGGGAGGAAUUGUAUGAGUGAUGAAGAUGAGCUCUUUUUGUUUGGCAAUUUGAGCGAGGCGUUGGUGGUAGUGAAAAUUGGCUGAAGUUCGAAGUGACUGCAAUGAAUCUUGUUACUUAUGG